AUGGCUGUGAAUCGUGGUCCCGGACGUUGUGGCGGCCUGAGUCCCGAGGGCAUCCUGAGAGAGGCUCAGAUCAAUAUGCUGGAGUGUAAAGUCUGCUUCGAGAAGUUCUCCAGCCAGCAGAGAGAACGCAGACCACGGAACCUUUCCUGUGGCCAUGUACUGUGUCUGGAAUGCAUCACAGCUCUGUCCCACCCUCUCCUGAGGAAGCUGGAGUGCCCGUUCUGUCGACAGCUGUGCAGUGUUGACAGCACCUCCCACUGCCAGGUUCUGUGUGACCUCCAGGAGCUGCUGUUGUCCUGGAGUCCCAGAUCCUCUGCUCCACCUCGCAGGGCCACAGGGGGAUCCAAGUCGGCUGCAGGACUGACAUCCUCAGCCCUGCACCUCCACGCAGCAUUUGGUGGCUGGGGGACUCUCAUCAACCCCACUGGGAUAGCUGUUUUAGGCUCCUCAGGGACAAUAGUGGUGGUCCAUGAUGGAGAGAAGAGGGUGGUGGUGUUUAGCCCACAGGGCAAACUGCUGAAUAGUUUUGGGCGAAGAGGACAAGCCAGUGGAGAGCUCUGGUACCCAGUGGAUGUGGCGGUGACUCCCUGCGGUUACGUGGUGGUGACUGAUGCAGGGGACAAAGCUGUGAAGAUUUUCACCUCCAGAGGGAAACACGUGUUGACGGUCAGGGAUUCCUUCCAGGUGCCCUGGGGUGUGGGCACAGACGGCGAUGGGCACCUCCUGGUCACAGACAUCCAGGCAGGCGCACUGUUCCAUGUCAAAGUGGACUAUACUCGUGGUGUUGUUCUGGAGCAUCGUACAGCCAUUUCUGAGCUCCAGCAGCCAAAAGCAGUGGCCUGCUGUCAAGUGACAGGGAACACUGCGGUGAUGGAGCAUGUAACCGACCACACACCUCCAUCGAUGAGGCAACAACACACGAGGCUGAAAGUGUUCAACAAAGACUUUCACCUGCUCCAUCAGACAGACACUUCCAGCCUGACCCUGCAGUCCACAGUCAGGCUGAAGAUGUCAGGUGUGGUGUUCGACGCAGAUGGAGAUGUGCUGGUAACUGACUGUGACCAGGGGAUGGUUUGGAGUCUGGGGAAGCUGCAGCAUGGCCCGGUCCUCACUCCUCUUGUGGGGGACCACCUGAUCCGCCCAGUCGGCCUGGUCACCCUGGACAACAUGCUCAUCAUUCUGGACAGUGGAGAGCAUGCAGUCAAGAUUUAUUCUGCCAAAUCUGACACUGGAUCCACGACAAAGCUCAUGUGUGAACAGGCCUAG